AGUUCUUCGAGUGUAAAGUUGGCCAAAAUGAUGUCCUUUCGAUUAACUCUAUUGUGUGUGGGAUUCCUGGCCGUUGCAUUUAAGAAUGUGGAAGCAAUAAGUCAAGAGGAUAAGAUAAAGAUGUACGCGGCCUUACUGCCAACAGUUCAAGAGUGCAGCCAAAAGUAUGGAAUUACUCAAGAAGACAUCAAGAAGGCAAAGGAGUCUGGCAACAUUGACAAUGUAGACCAAUGUAUGUUGGCGUGUAUCUUUAAAAAAACAGGAGUUAUCAAUGAAGGCGGCCAAUUCGAUGUGGAGAAGUCUACAGAGAUGGUGAAGAAAUAUGUGUCGGACGCCAAUGAGCAAGCUAAAGCUAUCGAUAUUUUGGGCAAAUGUGCUUCAGUGAACGAUCAGCCUGUUGGUGACAGCGAUGGCUGUGACAGAUCGAAACAAUUGUUUGAAUGCUUGAAGCCAUUCAAAAAAGAGUUCGAAUCGCGCCGUUAAGAAAGAAGUUAUAUAAUCAACGAGUUAUACCGAUGGAUUUGAGCUUAUAAAAUAUAGUAUUUUAUUAUCAAUAA